AUGCCUGACGUCAAGCGCACCGUCCGCAUUGUCACGGAACAACACAUCAUUGACAAGCCUUCCGAGGUUGAGGGCUUCCCGCAGCGUGCCUGGUCAAUCGAGAUCUAUCUAGUCAACGACAAGGGCGAGCAAGUACCCGCCAAUGUUUUCGACAAGGCCGUGUACCGACUGCACCCCAGUUUCGGAGACCGUGCGAACCAAACUUUCAAGAAAGCUCCCUUCCGCAUUCAAGAGGAAGGAUGGGGUGAGUUCGAUAUGACUAUCGACUUGGUCGCCGACAAGACUCACACGGUCCGCCAUGACUUGAACUUUGCGCAAGAGCGUUACGAGGCCAAGCAUUCGAUUACCUUCCGCAACCCGAAGCCGGCCCUUUUGGCCUUGCUGCGCGAGUCCGGUCCGGUUCCAGGAGACGAGAAUGGUGUCAAGUCCAAGCGUGGGACCACCGGCGAGGAGAGUGUGAAGAAGAAGAAGCGGACCGAGAAGAAUGUUGAUAUGGACAAGCUGGCCGACGGCUUGCAAAAACUGAACGAAGAUGACCUGCUGCAGGUUGUACAAAUGGUACAUGACAACAAAUCCGCAGACUCGUAUACCAAGAACGAUGCCGAGUUGGGUGAAUUCCACGUGGACCUUUACACACUCCCGGACGCAUUGAUCAAGAUGCUCUGGGAAUUCACGGCCGAACGAGGUGCGCUGUAA